GCCCCAAACACACUGCCUUUGCAGCAACACAUUCCCUUUCCCUCUCUCUCCUCUCUCUCCUCUCUUCCCCCCCUACCCCUCUCUCUCUCUCUCUCUCUCUCUCUCUCUCACUAGCAAAAAAAAAAACUCAGAUCAGAAUUAUCAGAGUGGAGAGAAAUGGGUGCUCUGGAUGCUCUUUCAGACUAUUUCACAAUCUCAAGACCAAGAAAGAAACGAAAGCCAAUGCAGACGGUUGAAAUCAAGGUGAAAAUGGACUGUGAUGGCUGUGAAAGGAGAGUCAAAAAUGCUGUGUCUAACAUGAAAGGCGCUAAGCAAGUGGAGGUGAACAGAAAGCAGAGCAGGGUGACCGUGACGGGAUACGUGGAGCCAAACAAGGUGUUAAAGAAAGUGAAGAGCACAGGGAAGAAGGCAGAGAUUUGGCCAUACGUGCCUUACAACUUGGUGGCAUAUCCUUAUGUCGCCGGAGCUUAUGACAAGAAGGCUCCCUCCGGCUACGUGAGGAACGUGACUCAGGCACUUCCGGGCCCGAAUGCGCCGGACGACAAGUAUACCUCUAUGUUUAGCGACGAAAAUCCACAUGCUUGUUCUAUCAUGUGAAGUGAUUUAGAAGUAAUUAAGAAGGGUUGAAAUUCACUGGCUUAAUUAGAUUAGACUACAGUUAGUAAAUUAUUGUUGUAUGCGGACUAUGAUCGAUUUAUGCCACGUUGUGCUUUGAGUUUUGUUUGUAUUUAGGUUGAUUUGUGUUGUUUAAUUUUCUCCUUGAUGUUUAGGGUUGUACGUACUUAAUUUGAUGAUGAUCAUUUUCGGUAAA